GCAGGAAGGAGUAGCUGUCUCUCUGCUUUCACCAGCACAACUGACAAAGAAAUUCCCAUGGCUGAACACAGAUGGCGUAGCUCUGGCUUCUUAUGGCUUGGAAAAUGAGGGCUGGUUUGAUCCCUGGACUCUGCUCAAUGCUUUCAAGAAAAAAGCCAUCUCUCUAGGCACGCUCCAGUAUAACGGAGAAGUGACAUCUUUCAACUCGGUUUCCUAUGAAAUGAAGUCUAGAGAUCAGCAGAGUAAACUCUUGUGUAUUCGAUCUGUAAACGUCCAGCUGCCCGAAGGUUUUGAACGUGCCAAGGUUGACUGUUCUAUAGUGGUGAAUGCGGCAGGAGCCUGGUCAGGCAGAGUGGCCGAGAUGGCUGGCAUUGGGGCUCCGUCCGAAAACUUUCUAUCAGGGAUCAAGCUUCCAGUAGAACCCAAGAAAAGAUAUGUCUAUGUCUGGCAUUGCCCUGAAGGACCUGGCUUGGAGUCCCCAUUCCUCAUUGACACAACUGGAGCCUAUUUCCGAAGAGAAGGUUUGGGUGGCAAUUAUCUUGGAGGCUUAAGCCCAACAGAAAAAGAAGAGCCAGAUAUUGAAAAUUUGGAAGUAGAUCCUGAGUUCUUCGAGGAAAAAGUCUGGCCUAAGCUUGCCCACCGAGUGCCGUGCUUUGAAUCUUUGAAG